CCUAGUUGACACUUUCACGAUUUUCGGUUCCCGCAUAGUUCACGCACUGAAAUUGCAUCAUGCGUGCCAAUGCGUGGACACUUGCGGGAAGGGGCGGGACGAUGCGCGGCAAUGCGCGGCAAUGCGUGAAGAGCGAAAUUUUUUUUCAACAUGUUGAAAAUUUUGCCACGCACUUCCCGCAUUGCAGCAGUGCGUGAACUGUGCGCAAACUAUGCGCAAACAAGUCGUGCCAAUGCGUGCCAGUGCGUGGCGUAAAAACAGUGGGUACCCCACCCCCGGGAAUGUGGCACGCACUUCACGACUAGUUCACGACAUGGUCCCGCAUAAUUUGCGCAGUGGUUGCGCAUCCUUCGCGCACUUUCACGCAAGGAUCGCGCAUAUCAGUCACGUGAUGCGUUUUGUCAAAAUAUUCUUGUUUGAGCCAGCAGCAAAAUCAUGGCUUCAUCCUCCUCAUCAGAUAAUGAUGGGACAGAGAACACAGAGCAUGAAGAGAAAACUAAGCGAACAAAAAGAGCACGUACAUCUAAAAGGGAUGUCCCAGAGUACAAGUGGACCGAAGACGCUGUUCAAUUAAUAGCCGAUUUUGUGAAGGAAAAUUCAGCACUAUAUGAUAAGACCCAGAAAGAUUACAUGAAUGUUGCUACGAAGGGAAGGAUGUGGGCGAAUGGCGGUAAAUUAUUGGAUCCACCUGCCACUGGUAAGUUCUCAAUUUUGAUGGUUGGUUAGUUAAGUUCCAUACCCAUGUUUUAAAAAUCCUCCUUUUGUUUUUUGUUGUCUGCAUUACUAGUUAAUAAGAAAGUAAUUUACUGGGACAAUAAUUGUUGAUAUUUUCCUUUAUAGAAAUUAAAUGUUUUUAUUUUUUAUUUUUAGGGUUAAACUUCACCACACAAAUAGCCUAUUUAUUGUUUUCCUUGUUUUUAAUGUAGGGGACCAGUGUAAGAAGUUGUACGAAAAUAAGCGAACUCGGCUAGGAAAGAUAUUGAACAAGGAGAAAAAAAGUGGAUCUGGGCAAACCAACAGAACGACACGUGAUGAUGAGAUAGUGAACACGUGGGGAUUUCUGAAGCAACACAUUGUUCGUGGCAAGACAACGGCAAGUGACACGGUAGGUAUAUAAAUGACCAAUUCACAAUUGUUAUAUUGAAAUAUUAGAAUAACCUUGAAAUAACCUUCAGAACCCUUUUCAUAAUUUUCAUUUUGAUGUUUCUUCACCUUGCAGUUUGAUAGAGAAGGGGAAGUGCACGAACGAGAAGAUGAUGAAGUUUCUAUCAUGUCAGUUUCAGAAGAUAUGGAUAAUGAGACCUUGAUCCCGUUGAAGGAUCGGGUCCCAAAGUCGGCACGCUCCGAAGCCUCUGGAACUUCUGGCAGUAGAACUCCAGCUUCUCGAUCAAGUACUGUUUUGCAGAAUAACCUCGACGAUGCUCUCCGUCAGGUUCUUUCAAGAGCGGAUAAUUUGGGCCAGACAGCUGCUUUGACAGGUCAAAAAAAGAUCGUCCAUGAUUUUGCCUGUCUUCUGGAGGGCCAUAUGCAGAAAAUUCCAGAGGAAUCGUGGCACAGUUUCCAAAUUGAAUGUCUGCAACUCGUUCACAAUUUCAAACAGCCAACCAGGCCAACUCAACCAUGUCAACAGCAACCCUCGUCAUGGCAGUCAAACCAGUGGCCAAUCAAUAGUCAUUGGUCCAAUUUCAAUCAAUGGUCUCCAGCAAGUCCAUCCUUCAACAAUGUUGGGAUGCCAGCCGCGCCUUCAGCUGUGCCUGUACCGAUACCAACGUCUUCUCAGCAGUCCACUGCUUCGACCCCACCCUCCCGACGUAGUAAUGAGAUGGUUUCCUCGGUUCUGGAAGAGCUUGGAGAAGAAAAAUAAUGUGUUCAACAGCAGCCGGUGAU